CCCCGGGAGCUCCCGGUGUGAGGCGCGCGCCCGCGGGAGGGGCCGGUAGAAAAUGGCGAGUCUGUGCAGAAGGCAGCAAUGCACGAUCGAGAGGCGCGGCUUUCGGCAGGAGCUUGACUCGUGGCGGCAUAAACUCAUUCACUGUGUAGGGUUCGAAAGCAUUUUGGAGGGGCUGUUUGGACCAGGACUCGUAAAAGAUCUUACCCUCUCUCAAGAUUGUGAGCCGGAGGGUGUGUCAGAUUGGUCGUUUAAUGAAAAUUGUCUCUUUUGCUGCUUAAGACGUGAAAAAGUGAAGGAAAAUUUGGUUGGUUUAAACAACCAAGUUUUAUCAGAAGCGGACAGCUUCAAACAAGAGCAGUCCAACAUUAACAAACUUGAGAAGCAAGCAGAGGAUUUCCUCAAUGUUGUCUUCUAUAGAAAGGCAGACCUCCCGAGAUUUACAGACCCCCACAUUCCUCUAGUGGCUCGUGAGAUCAUGCAGCGAAUGAUCCGACAGUUCGCUGCCGAAUAUACCUCAAAAACCAGCUCAACUCAGGACGUACCCCAACCCCAGUCCCAGCCCAACGGCACCAAGGACCAAAGCCUGCCGAAAGCGCCCUCGCUGGAGCCGGACGCCUCCGCACCCGGCGCCGGCGCCGCUGCCUCCGCACAGAAUCCCGUCCUCAGCAAGCUUCUCAUGGCAGACCAGGACUCCCCACUGGACCUCACCAUCAAGAAACCAGACACUGAACCCAGUGAACAAGAUGGAGUCCUUGACCUCUCAACUAAGAAGAACCACAGUCAUGGUAGUGUCUCGCUGAAAAGCUCUCAUGGUUUCUCAAUCAUGCCCACAACUAAGGGGCGUUCCCAGAGAGCUGAUCACAACUAUCGAGAUGUUGAUGAUGAGGAUGGCUUGCCACCGAGAAGCUUGCAUGAUGGGAUAAGGGAGAACUGUAUUGGUUCUGGGCCCCUCAAGCCACCCUUGGCCCGCUCGCUCCUCAUAAAAGAGGAACUCCUGAGCCAGAAACAUCGCCUCCUUGGCCAACCUCUUUCUUUGGCUAGCCUAGAGUCCACGGGUCUCCUCAACAGCCAAGCCCCGUCCCUUCUUUCCCGUGAUGGGAUAUGGGGGAAAUCCCAUCUAGACGGCCUCCUGAAGCUCAAACAAGUUAGCGGCGACCUAAACGACCUGCCUCUUUUCCAGGAGAACCAAGGUGUGUUCACCAAGGGUACAAAGUCCCACGACACCAGUUCCAUCAUGGUAAAGAAAGAACCUGGACAUUCCCCUCCAGUGGACUUGAAGAUCCCACAGGUCAGAGGCAUGGAUCUGUCUUGGGACUCCCAUGGGAAUGCCUCGGAUCUCUACAGUUAUAGCUCUAUAGCUUUGGGCAACGUGCACUCGGAGAACGCGCUUAGUAGGAAGCUGAGGGCCAUCUUGCCAAAGCAGAAUCGCAGAGCCGCUCUCGGAGGCCUUCUUGAUGGAGGAGCCGUGGGCGAGUACUGGGGUGCAGACCUCGAACAGCCAACUUUGGGACCUCAGUACCCGACAUCAGAUCCAGAGGCAGACCCGACUGGCUCCAAGCAACCCCGAAAGAAAAGGGGACGGUAUCGGCAGUACAACAGUGAGAUUCUAGAAGAGGCCAUUGCUGUGGUGAUGGGUGGGAAGAUGAGCGUUUCGAAGGCGCAGAACAUCUACGGUAUUCCCCACAGUACCUUGGAGUACAAGGUGAAAGAGAGGAUGGGCACCCUGAAGAACCCACCAAAGAAAAAGCUUAAACUGAUGAUGAGGGCAGAGGGGCAGGACUCUGGGAUCACUGCCGAAACCGAAUCCAUGUCGACGCCUGCCACCACACCCAUCGCAACGCAAGUGGAUGUCUUGCAGGGGACAGGAGACAAAGCCGAGUAGAUUACACAGAACACCUCAUUAAAUGGAAAACGUUUUAGAUUCUGACAGACACAAAAAAACUAAAAUGAUUUGGAAUUGAGGAUGGGGCUUUAAUUGUGCCAAUUUAUACUUGCAGUAUCUGGGUGAGCACAACUGCAGGGAUUCAUGGGAGGAUUUAAGCCUGAUAACUGGGGAUAAGAAACAAAUUGGCAGUUAUCACUGGUCACAUUGACACUGCAAGCAUUUGCUGAAGUUUUUUACAACAUAAAGUAACAAAUGCGUACUAAAGCCAUAAGAGAGUAUCGACAGAGAGACAUUUUAUAAAAAAACAAAAACAAAGCAAGCAGAUUAACCCUUUGUUUGCCCCCUUCAUCUGGACUUUGUGCGCUGCGCCAUUAGUGCUCAUGCGUUUUGGACGGCAUGCCAUUUUGAGAAACGAGAAGCGGGGUUUCAAGGGUUACAUGCAAGGCUGGAAAUUGACCCUUCAAAAAUGAAUUUAUCUCCUCUGAUUGGUAGGUUUAUGAAAUAAUUCAUAAUCUUUAAAACUAAUUUAUUUUAGAGUUGGAUUCUCACCAGGGAUCGAUCCUAGGCCCGUUUUCUAUUAACAGGUAAACCAAUUGCUUUCAACUCUUUGUAGUUUCCUCCUUUUAUAUUCUGCACCAUUGAAACAGAAUAAGAAUUAGACAUGUCCAUUUAAAAAAAAUGAAGCUUAAGAUUAGUCAUUCAGGGAUGCAUGUUUGUGAUGUUGAAAAUUCUUUUUUUUUACUUUACUGUAACAAAACUUUUCUUUAACUCUAGCGCUUUCUUUUGCACUACACUUUCAGUCUGGCACUCGCCAGAGCCUAAAUCUGGCAAUUAGACCUGAUUACCUCGACACUGCUUGCAUUACGCACUUACUGUUCUGUCUGGCAUACCACAUAAUGCUCAUUUUACAGUACUCUACUCUUAGCGAAAGCCUCUCUCUUAAAAGGAUUUCGACGCCCAUGAAGGGACAAUGUCGACUUAAGCCACACAGGACAGGAACGUGUUUCCAAUUCACAUCUUUCUUGUAAAUUUAAUCGAGGGAGGGUGCACGCAGUCAACUUUUGGCUGAUUCUAGCUGCUCCCUCGUCGCUGCUUAUAGUCAGUUGCUGACGUGUAUAUUUAUAAAAAGAAGAGCAUUUUUCGCAGAGGGUUGGUUUUGGGGAACAUAGGUUGGGGAAAAUGUAGGUAGGGUUAUGACCAUAUAACCCUGUUAUAUUAUGAAUUAGCAUUCUUUCAGAGAGCCAAUUCUUGUCUCUGAAUAGUUUUAUUUCCUCAUGUAAAACUCAGGGCAACUGAGACAAAUAUAGCGAUCAUGUUUUUAGAGAAACAAUGCAUCUUACCUACUUGAACUGGAACCUGUGACACAAUUCUUAGUCAAUGAAUUGGGUCAGGGGCAGGGCUUUAUACCGGCGUAGGUUGGGUCGAGCUGAGCCAUGGAUUGCAGAUUUUGGUAGGAUGUUAUCGUUCGAAACACCUGGCCAGUUGGGACUUUUCUGAGAUCUCUCUGAAAAUAGCACUUUGUUUAAAAAUAAAAGCGAAUAUGUUUGGGAGUGUUUUAAAGUAGCUUUUGCAGUAGCAGAUAGCAUAAAGGAGACUUGCAAGAUCAAAGGGGAAGCAUUUCAACGACCCCCCGGCGUCCUGCAGCUUAGACCCAAACAUGCUCAUUUUGUUUUGAAAAAAUUACCUCUUCAAUAUACAGUGGUCAACAGCUUGAAUUUUCAGAUUUGUCUAGUGUUGCCUCACUGUUUAUUGUCACAUUGCCCCUUUUUCAAAUCUAAACUGUGUUGUCUGAUGUAUAUAAAACCAAGAAAGCGCAUAGAUCUGUGAAGAUUUCAAAGAGAAGGCUUUUGGAAUGGCAUGCUCCACUUUGAUGUUGUUUUGAAGGGCAUUCUGGUAAAUAUGACUGCCUGGUGCUCACCCAGUCUGUGACAAAAAUUAUACUUCAAACUUCAGGGUUUCUGAUGAUGAAACUGACUCUUUGAAAUGUACCUUUUAUUUAUUUCAUAAUUUAAUUUGAAUCAUUUAAGUAAAUGGCAUGCACCAGUUCAGUGGAGGCUGAUUAACGAUUUAUAACCUGACACUUGGUGGCGGGGCUGUCAUCAAAGCGGACAACCGGGAAAACUCUCCUGGGCUCACCCUUAUAAUUUUGUUCUAGACCGAGUGAAUUUCCCACAUUAUAUUAGGAUUGUAUGAAUUGUAUAUAUUUCCUAGAAUGCUAUACUUGUAAGUAUGGUUGUCAUUUUAAUUGUUAUCUCACUAAGCAAAAAUGCUUAUUUUUAAUCAAUGCAACAUACAAUAGUAAAACAUUAAUGUGACAUAUUUGGUUAAGUUCAUAAAUUAUCACAUGCUACUGUACUUCUACAUGAAACAAGUUGAAGGAAGAUUUUAUGUAUAAAGAAAUAGAAUCAUAUUCAUACUUAUAAGCUCUACUGUGUAAAUCCCUUAAGGUCAUCUGGCAUCAAAUGCACCAACACUUUACCAAUGCUGAGCGUUUGAAGUGUCUAAUUAGAAAUUAGUUAGGUCCUUAAUCAAUCAAUCAAUCAAUCAAUCAAUCAAUUCGAUUUAUUUAUUAAUCAAUGUGAUGUAAAAUACUACUCAGCUGUGCUUGACUCUUGCCAUUUAAACAUUAUCUUAACCAGUAUUUUUGUCUUGUUUUCCAGUAAAAAUACCUAAAGAUCUAAAGAUUUCUUGGUUUCUUUGGAUAUUUGAAACCCUUGAAUUACAUUUGUCUUCUUAUUUGGAAAAUUUAUUUUUCUUGUUUCAAGUAUACAUUUUGUUGGAUUCUCCAAUAAUAUUACUAAAAAAUUUUACUGGAAAACAAGACAAAAAUGUCAGUUUGAAAUACAACUAGUAGCAAAUUAGUAGUAGAUCAGUAGCUACAACUAGAUUGUUAGUACUACUAGUACAAACAGAUUCUAUUAUAAUUGAAUAUUUGCCCCUAUAAUUGGCACUUAAAAAUUAUUGCACUGAUGGCUACGACUGGAAGAUGUUUUGCAGCACUUAAAUCUAAAAGUUUCAAACGAUCAGCUUUCCAUGGCUAGUCUAGAAAGUUUUGAAAUUUUACAAUGCUACUGUACAUUCUGCAACCUUUAUUUAUCAUCAGCUGUCUGAUUCACUAUGGUGCAUGCCAUUUCAACAUAUUUAUUUAAUUAAACUUUAAUGAUUAAUGUAUUACAGGGUUAACGGCUCCCCCUGUCCAAAAACAUCCUCCUCUUGAAGAAAUUAUACCGUCUUUACUCAAAUGAAUGUAAAACCAUUAACGACUAAUUUCUUAAACUAGUUGUUUAGAAAAUAUGGCACUUUCACAUUUCACACUUUGAACAGACUGUUUUAGUUUUUCUCUUGCUGCUCGUUUCAAUUUUAUUUUUAUUUUUAUUUUUUUUGCGUUUCUCUGAAGCGUAUACCUGUAGCCUUCAGUACUUUCGUAUCUCAGGAUAGAUUCAGCAGAAGGGUUCGCAAUAUUCGUCAGUCGGAUAACGAUGCAGACAUAACUACCUGUACAAGACGUGCAUAGACAUGUUAUUAACUACAGUCUUUGCACAAUAUACCUCAUCCUUGGGAAUAAACGCACCUUUCUGUGCCACAUCCUUAAAUACCAUUCAGGGGCACGUAGAAAAGGAGCAGUUGAAACUCUGGGAAAUUAAUUUUAUUUUCCUAUUUCACCCUCUUUUUUGUCUUCUAUGAGAGGGAUGGCAAGAGGGGCAGUUCAUGUGUCUGACUGACCAAUAUUUACACCCUUUUCAUUCAGGUACAGAAAAUCGAACUUUUUGAAUACAAUCAAAAAUUUCGCUUAACAUUCUCAUCUUGCCAAUAACGGGUCCCAUCCUUUAAGUUAACUCAUAACGUUGAUCGUCAAGGGAAAUAUCAAAGGAUACUGUAGGUAACCACGAUACCUUUUUCCUGUACUCUGAAAUGCGAUUUAACCGUCAUGUGUGUUUUUGUGAAAAACACAAAUGGAGGUUUGAAGGGGAGAAUAUGGGACAGGUGGAAAUGUUAACCUUCUGUCGUUUCUGUGCUCUCUGUAAACUUGUUUUUAAACUGCAUUCCAAAAAUUUCAAGAGAUACCUUUAUAUGGAAGAAAAUCUAUACAUUUACAAUUAAUAUAUAUUAUAUUUAUUUUACUGUUUAUCUUUUUAUUUGUCUUUUUUUCUGUUUGAAAUUGAAAUGCUACACUAAGAAAUGAUGGAAAAUGACGCUGACAGCUACAACCUCAGUUUCUGUACCAUAUGAAGUGCCAUUUGUUUUGUCUCAAGUGGCUCAUAAUGAUUUCUUCUCUGAAAACAUGCUAAGAUAGCCUCUUUUUUUUUUUUUUUUUUUGACCUCCACUGCAUAUCCACAUAACAGCAUUACCUCAGGCGAGAUCGCUCCAGAGCAGCUGAUUCUACAUUUAGUUGUAGAAAUCAGGACCUGUACUUGACUUUUACACGUUUCCAAAAAAACGCAACUAUUACUUUUCAAGGAAGCAGUUUAUAAAUAACGCUAGUCGCAUUUUUGUUUUUUCCGGUGCAUUUUAAAAUAUGAAUAUUUUGCUUAACUAAACCACGGGUCUCUUUUUGAAUGCAACUUUAUUGACGUUAGCACACAAAAGUUCAAAUCAAUAGGGCACACAUUUGUACGCCACAAUUAAUACACACUCCAUACACUCAAAACACCAUCAGGUCUACAUCGUGUGGAUGGUUAUACAGUUUUAGGCUAUUCUUUUGAUAACUCCUAAAGUGUAGCCUAGCUAGUUGGUUAUGACAUGAGAAAGAAACAGAAAAGGCAUAUAUGGACACAUAGGCACUCCAAGUUAUAUGUUUUUAUUAUUAUUAUUACAUCUGAUUAAAUGUCACUUUUCAACUGCCAUUCACUUAUAUUUUAGAGAUUUUUUUUUUUUAGAUUCAAAGCAUUUUAUUUAUUUAUUUUUCAAAUCACAAGCCCCAAAAUUAUCUUGUCAUGUUGCAGUUCUUUGAAGUUCUUUCUUAACUUUUUUCCUCAUUUUUUUGGUGAGAUAAAAAUGAAUAGGCACACCUUUAUUCAACAGAAAACAUCUUCAAAAUUGGGAGAAACAAAUUUUCGGCAAACAUUUUAGUCCAAUUCAAUUAUAGAUAUCAAUUGUUCUGCCAAUCUAUGCACUUGAGCGAAUAAAGUUACUUGCACCAUAACUGUUUUCUGUGUUUGUGAAAAUAUUAUGUAGUUUUAGGGGCCAUCAUUUUCAUUUGAUGGCAUGAUAUUAAGUUGAAUAUUUUUUUUAGGUUUAGAUUUCCAUUAUUUGCAGCAGUAUAGCUUAAAAUAGCUGUUGUCAUGGUAGAACUUGCAGCACACGCCGUGGUAAAAGAGAUGUUUUGAAUGUAACUGUCUAGAGAAACAUGUCUCAGAGAAAACUGAUGGAAUAUGCACAGACAGUUUUGCUCAAAAUAGAUAAACUCAGAUAUUUGCGUUCAACAUGAUACUGUAUACUUUAUGCAUUUCCUUGGAAUUUUGGUGUCAUCCGGAGUGCCUGUUGUGCAGUGUUCAAUCGUCACCGAUAAUUCGAUAAUUGCAUUCAAUCAUCAUUGCUUGAUUAAUUGUUGUUUACUAAUUAAUAUAAAUGAUGAGCCGAUGAUACCUACAGGUAACUGGUAACAACAAUCGAAAAUCGUUAACCAAGGCGACUUACAAUCUAUGUUAUUUCUCUUAAAUUAAAUUGAGUCAAUGUCGUCUAGAUUGCUUUAAUACAAUUAAAUAAAAAUAAAUACAUACAUAUAUGUGUGUGUGAAGUGUGUAGUUUUGGGGCCACUAGUGGAAUUGCAAAACGCUAUUGUAUUUGUUGUUGUUUUUAAACACAUUCCAAACAGAUAACGACACCCCCCGAAACACUCUAUUGGUUAAGCCAAUGUUGCUAUGCAGGGGUGAGGUGCAUUUCCCAAAGGUAUCUUUAGCCAACUAUGGUCAAAAUUCCUUUGAACUCAGAUGGUAAUGAAAGAACUUGCGACCAUAUUUGCUCUCAUAGUUGUCAGGAUGCUGAAACAAAUAGGGGUGUGCAUCCCAUACAAUGAUGUAAGUUGCUGCUUAACCACCAUAGUAUGCUGCAUCACUGUAGAAACUAACUAGCUAGUCAUGACUGUUUUCAGAACAUGGUCGCAUCUCCGUCAUUUGAACCAUGUUGGUUCUACAAUAUAGGACUGUCGUUAAAGGGAUAGUUCACCCAAAAAUGAAAAUGUGAUGUUUAUCUGCUUACCCCCAGGACAUCGAAGAUGUAGGUGACCUUGUUUCUUCAGUAGAACACAAAACAUGAUUU